CUGCCCCUUGCUUUUGGCUCUCUCUCUCCUUCUCAUUCUCUCUCGUGCUUUGAUCUCUGCUUAACAACAGUAACGUCACAGAGACUACACCAGGAGAGUUUUGUUGGAAGUUAGAAAGUUUUUCAGCCUCCAGAGGGCUGUAGCGGCAGUAGCAGAAGCAGCAUCCAAGGGACUCCUGGAAGGGGAAGAGAGAGGGAGCGAGCGAGCGAGCGACUGACUCAGUCCUGCUGCAGAGAACUGACUCGAGGCGACGAAGGCAGACAUGGAACAUCAGCUGCUGUGCUGCGAGGUGGAGACCAUCCGACGAGCCUACCUGGAUGCCAACCUCCUCAAUGACAGGGUGCUGCAGACAAUGCUCAAGGCGGAGGAGACCUGCUCGCCCUCCGUCUCCUACUUCAAGUGCGUGCAGAAAGAAAUCUUGCCAUAUAUGAGGAAAAUAGUUGCCACUUGGAUGCUGGAGGUUUGCGAGGAGCAGAAGUGCGAAGAGGAAGUUUUCCCCUUGGCUAUGAAUUAUUUGGACAGAUUUUUGUCGUUUGAACCCCUCAAGAAAAGCCGAUUGCAAUUGCUCGGAGCUACCUGCAUGUUUGUGGCUUCAAAAAUGAAGGAAACUAUUCCUCUGACCGCAGAAAAACUGUGCAUUUAUACAGAUAACUCCAUUAGACCCGACGAAUUACUGCAAAUGGAGCUGCUGCUGGUGAAUAAGCUGAAAUGGAAUCUGGCUGCAAUGACCCCCCACGAUUUCAUUGAACAUUUCCUUACUAAAAUGCCUCUGGCAGAGGACACCAAGCAGAUCAUCCGUAAACAUGCUCAGACUUUUGUGGCUCUGUGCGCUACAGAUAUUAAAUUUAUUUCAAACCCACCCUCCAUGAUCGCAGCUGGCAGCGUGGUAGCAGCUGUGCAAGGCCUGCAUCUGGGGAACACUAACACUUUCCUCUCCUAUCAAUGCCUCACACAUUUCCUAUCACAAGUUAUCAAAUGUGAUCCGGAUUGUUUACGAGCCUGCCAAGAACAGAUCGAGUCCCUCCUGGAGUCCAGUCUACGCCAGGCACAGCAGCACAACGUAUCUUCAGAAACAAAGACUGUAGAGGACGAAGCAGACCUCUCCUGCACACCCACUGAUGUGCGAGACGUGAACAUUUAAAAGAGGACUUCCUAAAUGGAUUUGCUUGGCAAGAAAAGCAGACAAAGAAAGGGCAUCUGAGAAGGAAUCGGCAUCAGGAUCUCCCCCCCAGAAACCCUUUUCUCCAGGACAUUUUUAUACCAGAAGGGAAAACCAGUCUCGUUAUAUUUUUUUCUUGCUCUGUCUCCCUUCCAGCUGUGACUUCAAACAAACAAAUAAA